ACACGCGCACACUCUGUGGAGGUUCAUCUCUCGGAGGUUCAUCAUCUUGCUCCCCGGCAUCAUGAGCUCUCGUCGGACUCGCUCUCUGCUCUUCACCGGAUAAACGUUGGACUUAUUUACGCUCGUAUCAUGGGAAUAUACCGUCGGUGCGCUCGGCUCCGUGGAUGUGUACAGCCUUGAUGGAAACCAUGUCACCGCAGCAGGGGACCAUGGGACAGAACAGGUCCGACUCUCUGACCGGAGAGUGCAAGGCGCCCACUGAAAACAAAAAGAAGAUGAAGACCUUGGCCCAAAGACGACAGUCGGCUCCUUCGCUGGUAAUCAGCAAAGCACUUACCAGAUCGAGAAGCACGUCCAGGGAAAGCUGCCUGACGCCAGUAAGCCCGGAGUCGUGUCCCCUCGUCCAGGCGUUCCUGGCUGAGUGUCCAGGCCGCCUAUUCCUGGGACACGCCCAAACGCAGCUAAAGACGGGCCUGCAGACUCAGGAGAGGCAUCUCUUUCUCUUCACGGACACGCUACUCGUCGCCAAGGCCAAGUCUCCGACUCAUUUUAAAGUGAAAGCCCAAGUCCGGGUGUGUGAGAUGUGGAUGGCCAACUGCAUUGAGGUGGUGUGUGAAGGAAGCACUAACUCAGAGAGGAGCUUUGUCAUGGGUUGGCCCACCUACAACUGUGUGGCCACCUUCAGCUCUGAGGAGCAAAAGGACAAGUGGCUGGCACUCAUCAAAAGUCGUAUAAUUGAGGGAAAAGAGAUGGACGACCCUAAGACCAUUCCACUCAAGAUAUUCGCAAAGGAUAUUGGAAAUUGUGCUUAUGCCAAGACGCUUGCUGUCAGCAACAACGACAGCACCACUGAUGUCAUCCGGAUGUCACUGCAGCAGUUUGGCAUAUCGGGUUGCGUUAAAGACCACCGGUUGUGGGUGAGCUCCAGUAAAGACGAACCUCCGUACCCUCUAAUCGGCCAUGAGUUUCCCUUCAGCAUCAAGAUGAGCCACAUCCGGGACGGUGGGAGCAAUGGCGGAGGACGCGGAAGAGGGGGGGAUCCAACAAGUCCCACCGACUGUCCAGAGGUGAUGCUGCUGGACCAGUGUCUCCCUCCUGACACCCAGUGCCAGUUCAUCCUCAGACCAAGCAAAGUUGCCCCAGGACAGGCUCAACUUCUAGAGCCCGGUCAGCAGAAGUCUUUUAAGAGGAAGAGGUCUCUGAUCAACUGGCCUUUCUGGAGAGGCUCCAACACACAGCUGGACAGCCUGCCCCUUUCCCCGACCUCCAUCUCUCCCACUCAGGGGCGGCUGUUCGGACGACCCCUGAGCUCCAUCUGCUCUUCAGACCACGGCCUGCCCAAGCCCGUGAUGGACAUGCUGGUGUUCCUGUAUCUGGAGGGGCCUUACACCCGGGGCGUCUUCAGGCGGUCCGCCGGGGCCAAAGCUUGUCGGGAGCUUCGAGACAGACUGGACAGUGGGACUGAGGACCCUGAGAUCUCACACCAGUCUGUGUUCAUCAUCGCCGGCGUCUUCAAGGACUUCCUGCGAAAUAUCCCAGGCAGCUUGUUGUGUGUGGAUCUGUACGAGCGGUGGAUGGACGUGAUGGAGGGGGACCGAGGGGAGGAGAGGACGCAAGCUGUCCAGAGGUUGCUUCACCUCCUACCUGGUGAGAACCUGCUUCUGCUGCGACACGUGAUCGCCAUACUGCACUGUAUCCAAGGCAACGCCCUCGACAACCAGAUGAACGCCUUCAACCUGUCUGUCUGCAUCGCUCCCAGCAUGCUUUGGGCUCCGGCGCCAAGCACCCCUGAGAUGGAGGGGGAGGGCACCAAAAAGGUGUGCGAGCUGGUCCGGUUCCUCAUAGACAACUGCAGCAGCGUCCUGGGAGAAGACGUCACCUCGCUGUUCAGAAGCUUCAGCCAGAAGAGCAGCAGCAGUGACCACGGAUCAGAUGCGUCGUCCUUCCAGAUGAACGACUCGUCCUACGACAGUCUGGAGAACGAGCUGAACGAUGACCCUGAGUCUCCCUUCCAGGAUCAGCUGCCGCUCCGUGACAAGGACAAGCCCGACAGCCGUAGCCGCGACUCCGUUAUUACCCUUAGUGACUGCGACCCUGAUCCUGACCCCGAGAGCGACCUCCUGCUGCAGCUCCCCCCGCUGGCCAGACCCAGGAGGUUCAGCCCCGCUGUUCGACAGCCUCGCACCCGACAGGUUAAUGGCAUGUCGCAGGGUCCCAGGAGGCUGAGGAGAAGUUCGGAGCCCGCCUUGGCCCUGGCGAGCACGCCACCGUCAGGCACUUUGACGGCUCUCGCUGACUGUCUGCCUGUAAGGAAGGCGAGCUACGAUGCCGCCAUGGAAGGGGAGCAGGAGCAGGGGGUGGAUGAGGUGUUUCUGGAGCAGGGGCUGAACGGGCUGCAGCUGAAGGAGGAGGGGGAGGAUGGACGUGAGAGGGGAGGAGCCAAAGUCCAGAACGGAGGCUGGAGGAAGGUGAAGCACACUGCUCCACCUCCGUUGCGACUGGACGCCAGCUGUUCCAGUCUGUCGUCACCUGCAACCUCACCCACCGGCUCCUCCCUCAGCUCUUUAGACUCCGCCUUCUCGCAGUAUUCUACUGACUACGCCACCAAUGGGGUGAUUCCAUUGGUUGAGCCUCCUCUCUCCCCUCUCUAUCCUGGGCGGCCCCUGCUGUCACCCAGGGACUCCCCCGCUCAGAGGGAAGCCACGCCUCUAUAUCCACAGCCCACUCAUUCCAUCCGGACCACCCACACCACCUCCCACCCCCACGGCCUCCACCCUAACACAUGGCUCAAGAGGGACCGCCGCCUGUCACUUAAGCAGUCUGAUAACGGGCACACAGACGAGGACUUGGGAAAUGGGAAAACCAACCCAACCAGUCACGGCUACUCCGUCGGUGCCCAGGAGGCGGCGGGAAUGAACCGAAGCUGCCAGCGGAGAUCAAGCAGCCCUCCGUCCUACCAGCAGGCUCUGCAGCAGCUGCAGCACAGUCGCUCGCCUUUCUACAAGGGGACUGAGAAGCCCCUGACGGUCAAAGAGCUGAGGCAGCUCAGUGACCAGACCUGUACCCACAGACCCCCGAUCCCAGCCUCUACUAACAACCCCAAACCCCCCAUAGGAAGUGAGGCCACACAGAAACUGGCUGGAAACGAGUCUGCUCAGCCUCCGCAGGGUGUUUUCUAUGGACAAAGCGGCACCACUCUGGUCCUCCAGAGGCAAAGGUCUCACUCUCUAACUCCGGCCAUGGAGGGGCACAGAGGGAAGACCCUUCCCCUCCCCCGCCGAGCUACUGAGCCCACAGAGGUCACUGCAAACUCCUCUCACCCAUCCUCAAGCCUCAGCCUGAACAGACCUCGAAUCUCUAAGGGUCAGGCCCAGGAUGCCGGCCUUAGAGUAUCAGACGUAGAGCCCAACCAUGCUGAGCCUCGCUUCUGCCUGUCUCCCUCCGCCACCCUGACUGUACGGGACUACUUUUCCUCGCAGGAUCAGGAGGAUGCAGAUGCCUGCUUGCGGAGGAGUCAGGAGGUGGCACUGGCUAUAGUAAAGGGGAAGAGGGAGUGGCAGAGCAGGCGAUGCAGCGACCCGCGAGUGGACGACUUCGAGCAGCUUUUUUUCGCAGAAGAGUCAUACGUGUAAAUAAGAACAUUGUACAGACAAACUGUGUAUGAGAGAUGAAUUUAUAAAACUGUCAUUAUUAAUGUGAUUAUAUUCUUCAAUAUACUCCACCUGGUUAACCCGGUGCAACAAAAAGGCAGUUUACUGCAAUGGUACAUCCAAGGUUCAAAAUCAUAAAAGGCAGAGAUGCUCCUCAUGCAUCAGUGUAUAUUAUCUGGCAAGCACAAUGAAAGAUUGUUAGUUAUAAUUCCUAACAUUUUACUGAAGACAAUAGUCCUUUCAUGUUUGUUACAGUGAUAGUACUUUGAAGAUCCUAAAAAAUGUAUUUAUUGAUUAUUGAUGCCAAAUUUGUAAGAAACAAUUAACUUAACAUAUAGAUUCGUAAACAUCAGUAACUGUACCGUCAGUUACAGCCCUCUGAAAAACAUGUGUUCUCUGACUGUCUCUCCUUGCUUUACCUUCAGAAUGUGAAAUAAUGAGGGAAGAGGCGAAAAUUAAAGAUUGAGGAAGUCCUAUUUCAUUCUUGCAAAAAAAAAGGUGAGAAAUCAAUGAACUACAUUGGCAUACGUGUGGUGAAUAAAUUUCUCAUGUAAAAAGAAUCACGUCAAGGACACAACCAGAGGUGACAGAUGUUUUAGAGGCUGCAAAAGCACAACUGUUUGUUACUACUGCUCUGUUCAAUAAUGACAAAAAGGUCAAGAUGAUCUGAUGCAAACACUGUUGACCUGGUUUUUAGUUCUUUCCACAACACCCGUGAUGUUUCCCGCAGUGCUAGAGUAUUUCAAACAGCAAUUCUACCUUUUAAUGACCGAUUGCAUCUAUUGAGUUUCUUUUUCUUUCUUGUGGAGUGUGUAUACAUCUGAGUCAGUAAAAUCAGUGGGGCUGGUAUUUAUUCGUAUGAGCGGAUUUUCCAGACGCACACCACGCAGGGUUGUCCUCUGCAGCUCUGCUUCAUGUCUCUCACCUGCGAGAGGAGGGAGGGGUGGGGGAAGAAGAAUAAAAACUGUUGGUGUGUGUGUGCGCGCGCUUGUGUGAAAGUCUGCUGAGUAUGACGUGAUCAUUGUCAUCCUGAGAAACCUUGUGCCACUGAGGGUUUCACAGAGAAACCCUGUAAGUCUCACAGGAAUGUGAAGGAUUCGGCCUGCUUGUGUGUUUGUGUGUGUGUUGAAUGCACAAACAGUCCCUGUACGUUUGUUCAUAAUAAUAUGAUGAUGUUGCAGUGUUGAUUUCUGGUGUGACACUUUACAAUUAAUGACCUUAUUUCCCUGUGUAUUACUGCAAAGUGUGUAGAUACAAACCUGUAGAUUAUGCAGUAUUCUCCAAGUAUUACUAUGAACUGAACUUUUCCACAGAACAACACUCUGGAAUAAGGUCAUUGUCAUGUGAAGUCUUGCCAUUUUAAAUGGUGUAAAAAUGUAUUUUAAUCCUGUAUUAUUAAUAUUUUAAUUCCUCUCUCCAUUACAGUGAAUUGUGUCCAACAUGUAUAGCUCUGCAUAUUUAUGGUAUACAAAUAUAUAUAUAUGUAUAUAUAUAUUUAUAUAUAUAUAUAUAUAUAUAUAUAUAUAGAAAUAUAUUGUCUUGUUCCUUUGGUAUGUUGUGUUAUGUGAGAAAUUCCUAUGUGUAUUUUUGUACAUGCCAAUUCUGCUGCUGCUGUCUCUAUAGAAAGUAUAUUUGCUACAAAAUGCACCAUUUGUAUAUUGGGAACACCUGAUGUCCAGUGUUCACGAGAACAAAAACCUUUUUAAUAAAUGUUGCUCUUGUGAAAACUA